UUCAGGAGUAUUCAGUUUGUUCUGCUACUGCUUUGUUUUCACAGGUAUUUUCAGGCUAGUAUUAAAAGUGCUGUGUGAAAGAGUGUGGGUUUGCGUACAGAGCAAAUGUUUAAUACCCAGGACAUGGAAUGAACACUUUGAGAACCCAGCAUUAUGUGAACACUCGAAGUCUGUAUCUUCAGUACUGUCAGUCUGACCUUCCUCCUUGAAAUACACUUGUCAUGUUUUAGGCACCUGUGACCUUUGAUGACGUCUGUGUCAAGUUCACCCAGGAAGAGUGGUCUUUGCUGGAUCCUUCACAACAAAAGCUGUACAGGGAUGUGAUGGUAGAAACCUUCAGGAACCUGGCCUCUGUUGAGGAAGAUCAGAGCAUUGAAGAGGUUUACAGAAAUUCCAGAAGAAAUCUAAGAGAUGAAGUGGUAGGGAGAUUCUGUGAACAGAAAGAAGAUAUUCAGUGUGAAGUCUUCGGCCAUACUCCAGAUCAUAUUAUGAGCAAUAAUACUCCUGUUGGAGUGGAAAGAAAUGAAAACUGUGUGUGUACAGAAGUCUUCAUUGGGCAUCCAUCCCUGCAUCUGUCUGUCAGAACUCAGAGUGGGUCUGAGUCACAUGAGUAUGUAGAAUAUUUUAAAAAGCCACCUAAAAGGAAAUAUUCUGGGAAAACCUUUCCUGUUUCCACAUUUCUUAAAUGGCAUGAAAGAAUUCAUCCUGGAGAGACAUCAUUUCCAUGUACACAAUGUGGAAAAGUCUCCUUUCAUUUUAGUGGCAUUUGCAAACAUGAAUUGACUGCUGGUGGAGAAAAACCAUAUGUUUGCAAGCAAUGUGGUAAACCCAUGUCACAUUUUUGUACUGUUGAAAAACAUGAAAGAACUUCCAUUACAGAGAAACUCUAUGUAUGUGAGCAAUGUGAAAAAGUCUUUAGUUCAUCCACCUGGAUGAACCUCAAAAAACAUGAACGACUUCACAUUGGAGGAAAACAUUAUGCUUGUAAACAAUGUGGGAAAGCCUUCUAUUGUUCCAGUGAACUUCAAAGACACAUAAAAAUUCACAGUGGUGAAAAACCCAAUGUAUGUGAGCAGUGUGGAAAAGCUUUUAGUCAUUCCGGUUCCCUGAAAACACAUGAAAGAAUUCACACUGGAGAGAAGCCUUUUGCAUGUAAGCAAUGUGGAAAAACCUUUAGGUCAUCCAAUAACCUCAGAAGACAUGAACGAAUUCACACUGGAGCAAAACCUUAUGCAUGUCAACAAUGUGCGAGAGCCUUCUAUUUGUCCAGUGAACUUCGAAGACACAUAAAAACUCACAGUGGUGAAAAACCCUAUGUAUGUGAGCAGUGUGGAAAAGCUUUUAGUCGUUCCAGUCACCUCAAAACACACGAAAGAACUCACACUGGAGAGAAGCCAUUUGCAUGUGAGCAAUGUGGAAAAGCUUUUAGUAGAUACCAUUCCCUCAAAGCACAUGAAAGAAUUCACACUGGAGCAAAACCCUGUGCAUGUCAAAAAUGUGGGAAAUCCUGUUGGUCCAUUGACUUUGGACUACAUGAAGGAAGUCACUGUGGUGAGAAACCCUAUAUAUGUACACAAUGUGGAAAAGGUUUUAUUUGUUCCAGUUACCUCAAAAGACAUGGGCGAAUUCACACUGGAGAGAAGAAUUUUGCAUGUAAGCGGUGUGGAAAAGCCUUUACAUUAUCCAAUUACCUCAAAAAACAUGAAGGAAUUCACACAGGAGCAAAACCUUAUGCAUGUAAACAAUGUGGGAAAGCCUUCUAUUGGUCUGGUGGCCUUAGAUCACAUGAAAAAAUUCAUUGUAGUGAGAAAACCUAUGUAUGCAAGUAACAGGGAAAAGCUUUUACUAUUUCUAGGUACCUGAAAUUACAUGAAGGAAUUCACAUUGAGAGCAGACUUUUGCAUGUAAACAAUGUGGGAAAGCAUCCUAUUGGUUCAAAGCCCUUGGAAAACAUGAAAAAGCACACAGUGGUGAGAAACCCUAUAUUUGUAACUAAUGUGGAAAACCUUUUAUCAGUAACCCCGAACACAUGAAGGAAUUCACAAUGGAGAGAAGACCUUUGCAUGUAAGCAAUGUGGAAAAGCCUUUACUUCAUCCAGGUACUUCAAAACACAUGAAUGAAUUCACACUGGAGUGAAUCCUUAUGAAUGUAAACAAUACAUGGAACCCUUUUAUUUUCCAGUGAUCUUUGAAGACCUAGAGAAACUCACCCUCCGGCAAAACCUGUGUAUGUUACCAAUGUGGGAAAGCCUACUUCUGUUGAGUGUCCUUGAAAGACAUGAACCAAGUCACAGUCAUAUAACGUAGAAAGAAAAUAAGGAGAGUCAAUCCCUUGCAUGGGCACAGUCACUUAGCUGCACAAGUUUGUCAUGCAUGUGAUUGAAUUAGUACUAGUUCCUUGCCAGACAUGGGACAGCUAAUAAAUCUGUUUCUGGGGUUAGAACUCACUUUUUGAGCUUGUAUAAUAUAAUUUCUGAAGGCUGGCAGAGUGAAUCAUGUGGCAACAGCACCAGCCAGACAAGUGUGAAGGCCCUGAGUUCAAGCCCCAGUGCUGCCCCACCCUCCAAAAAACACAGUGAUAUUUUUAAUUUCAAAAAUGAC